UGUUGGCUGUGACGUGUGCGCACUGCGCAGUCGCAUCAGCACCCCCUGGCCAGGCGCAUCUGCGCAUUUUCCAACAAAAUUUCUCUCACAGGCGAGGUUCUGCCCGUCCCGGAUCAUCGUGUUCGUUCCGACGGAGCAGCCUGCCACAAGUCCAAACGGAGAAAACCAACCCCUUCGGUUCUUCACAUAUCGUUUAUUAAUUAUGUACAAAACGGUACGAAAAGGCGAUGCCAGCCUGCAGUACACAAUCCUACCGCAAACGGACCAGUUUUCGUCAUCCGGGUUCCCUCAGACAUCGGACAAGUCGAGCUCGAGGAACAUCAAGUACAUCAUAGGCACGUUGAUGAUUCUGAUCGUCCUGUCCUGCGUGGCGGCGCCGUUUUUUAUGAACCAGAGCGACCAGCGGCUGUUCGCCAGGACGAUGCUGGCUAUAGGUCGAGUUGGGCACAACGCGAUAGCCAGAAACUCGUCGAGGAGUCAGGAGAAAGACAUCGCGAACAAAAGCAAAAACAGGCUUCCAGUAACGACCACGGUUUCAUCUACGGAAGCUUACAGAAAGCAGGAUACCGAAGACGAGAUGACUACGUUGUCAGAGGCGUCGAAUGUAGAUGAACAAGAGUCACAGGAGUUCACUACCACAGAUUCCACAACGAGUAACACGCAACGUUCACAAACAUCCACGGAAUCGACUACGAGCGUCAAACAGACGUCCGCGUCUACGACUACGUAUACGCUACCGACAACGUGGUCGACCGGUUUAAAAACGUUAACCAGCACCCCGAGUGAAGCGACCAAGAUGACGUCGAGCGCGCCAACGAGGAAGGCAAAGAUGCCAAGGGUGACGUUGAAGCUCAGGGAGAACGAAACGAUACCGCAAAUGUACAUGAAGGCGGGGAUAGCGUCAUACAAGAAAGGAAACAUCACUACGAGCGUCCUGGCACACGGCCUAAGCCUGGAAGGGUUGAUCUUCAAGACGCCAGAGGGAACGAUAAACCCCUGGCCGCAAAAGUGGUUCUUCACCGACCCCUCCUCCGCCUUUCAAUGGAAGGUACAGUCGCCUCGGCAAGGCUUAAACCAGAAGUCGAUAAAGAUUUACAUAACCCUGCUAGUGUUCGCAACCUUCGUAAGCAUCAGCAUCUCUCUGGUGUUGUUCGCGCGAAAGACCACGAGAAGCCAACGUCAAAGCGUCGAAGAACCAGAAGUGGAGGAGGGACAGGAGGAGGAGGACAAAUCGACUUUGCUGGGCGCCGAAAGCAAGGAAACCGAGGAAAAAGAGUAAUCGUGAUUCAACCAUGGGAGAGCCACGUAGCUCGUAAGAUUCGCAUAUUUUUACAACGUGUACGUCAGUUUAGAUUUAGGUACUUCGCGUGAAACACCGAACGAACGAUCAUCGAGAUGUUAGGAAUACCGGUUAAUAUUUUUCGGGUUCGUUUAAUCGAGUGCUGAAAGCCCCGUUUUAAGGAAUUGACUGAUCGAAUAAUUAUCCUUCUCUUCGUUGCUAGGAUUUCGCUUACUUGGUUAUAGCGGUUCGUGGAGAAUCAAUCUCGGUGAUAUUUUAACAAACGUAAAAUUUUCUGAACGCGAGUCACGUAAUUCCUACCAAGGAUUUACUUUUCAUAGGAAAUAAUUCGAGCUAAAAAUCGUCGAUAUCGCCGAACAUUUUAAAAUUCGCGAUAUUUCCUGAAAUACCCUAGCAAAGUUUUUGUCUUAUAAUUUGUAUAUACGUAGACGCGAAAAGUGAAUUUUCAUUGAUUGCGACGUGCUCGAUUUAUGCGGUGAAGAUGGUUCGAAAGUUUUUCGUCGGUAUACCUUCUUCUUCCUGCAAAUACAAUUGAGACGUAACGUGUAAAAACGACUGAAAGGAACGACGGCGGCUUUCGCGUGUUCACAGUCUCAUCCCAUUGCUAGGUUGCACUAGCGUGUUGUGGUCCGAUUAAUUUUCGCCGAAUUUUGUCCGACACUGCACACUACUUUACAAUCAUUGGACUCGCGAUGAUAGUCUUCGAAAUGUUUCUAUUCUAUAAUUUAUAAAGACGUAGAAUACUUUUUCGAAAGUUAUUUUCAUUCCUACUGAUUCUACUUGAUACUUUUUUCUAUUUCAUAUGUAUGUAUAUCGAUACAUAUACGAUAUUAAUAUCAAUACGCUUGUGUCUAUACUAUAUUUUAUUCGUGCCGUGACAUCCUGCUGGAUAUGAAACAAUUCCUCGAAAAAAAGUUUGCAAAAGGAAUCGUUCUUCGCUGACGAUUGGAUGUUUCGUGAAAAUUGUACAUGAAAAGACGGCGAAUAUUCGUUAUAAAUUUAAUAUCGAGGUAUGCGUUUGUUUGUUCAUUUAUGGAUAUGAAAUCGAAAUAAACAGGUGAAUUUUGUACGAGACAAAUAGUUACAUUCAAUAGUUUAUAGGGUCUUUGUGCGCUUAGUGAUGAUUUUUUUACUUCUAACGAUCGUGACCUUAUUUUCUACCAUCUUUUCAACACGAGUAGGUAAGUAACGAUUCUCAACCAUAUUAUGUCUUUAAUGCUACAAGUUAGGCAAUUUUUUCAAGUACUUAUUUAUGUGUUUAUGAAUGUUAUUCGUAAGCAAAUAGAAACAUUGUCAUUCGAUUAGUCCGAAUGUAAUAUUUGGAGCAAGAUGGGGACAUUUCGAUGAACGAUCAUUUUUAGAUAAUAUGGACGUACAGGAGAAAAACAGAGUGACAAAGUUGGACCGAAGAAUCUAUGCGGAGAGCCGUUGAAGCAAUUUAAAAAAAAAAAAAAAGAAAAUAUGGGCUAUCGUAAAGCAAUUUUUAAUGUUCCUAAAACUACAUUGGAGAAGAAGUUGGCUCUCUAACGAAAAAAUUUUCAACAGAUGUUGAAGACAAUUGUGGACCUUUCUCAAUCGUGUUUACGGUCGAACGAGAGCAAGAGUUAGUAAUUCUUUCUGCCUAAAUCUUUAUUGAUUUCCCUACGGUAUUACAAUGUUCUGUUUCCACACACUACCAUUAUACAUAUAGUACACAUGUAUAGUACAUAUAAUACAACCAUACGGUAUUACAAGAUGUAGUAGAAUCCAUAUAUUUAUAUAUAUAUAUAUCGGGUUGGUACGGAUCUUUAUUGGUACGGAUGCGAUUAUUACAAGAGUUAGAAAGUAAUAGCGGCGAUCGGACAAACGAGAUGUCGAUGACAAUGAGUUUAGGUUCGAUAACGAAUUCACGGCCAACGGGAUGACGUGUGAGAGGUGAUACAGGAUCCUGGUGUGACUCGACGUACAAGUAGAACUUAUCUGAAUGAACCGAACUGCAGUCCAAGUGGAACUGCCCUUAUAUACUCCUCUCUAUACCUCUCGGGUCGAUCUUUGUUUUUAAAGAGAGCCAUAUAAUUGUUGCGUGCGCCUCUAUUAGGUACACGUCCCUCCCGUGACCGUGACUACGUUCAAUGACCCAUUACGUCACUUCGAGCCCAAGCCCACUGUCGUAAACCUCGGGCACCCAUACUCGGAUUAGAACAUUACAACAAUUUCUCGGUUUUAUUAUUUAAUUGUAGCUGUAAUAAAAGUCUGGACCAGAGUAUUGGAAGUUUUCCCCAACAUUCCAAAAGAAAGGUCCCGAUGAACUUUCAUCUCCGACAUAUAUAUAUACAUAUAUACACAUAUAAGAUCAUAACUGGACAUACAUAUACAGUCAUAACCCAUACACACAUUACACACGUAACAAAGAAAAAUUAGUAUUUUAUUUUAAACGAAACGGGCCUACCAUUUGGUCUAACAACGAUGGAUAUGUACAAAUAGAUGCGUACUAUCUUUCCCCGUCACUAGGGCAUUGUCGCUACUUUUAAAAUUAUAUUUUUCUAUCUUUUUUGUUAAGUUUUCCAAGUUUAUUUUAACAUGUUUCGAUAAACAGGUAUUGAUAUUAUAUAUGAUAUUUUUUGUAGAUACAGCAUCAAUAAAUAUAGUAUUCUAGAGGAAUUUUGUUUUAGCAUUUCCAUCUUGCCCCAACUUCCCAUGCACGAGGUAAAAACGAAAUUCAAACUACUCGUCUUUUCUCUUAAAUCGAGACGUUAUCUUUCAUUGGAUAAUUCUUCGAUAUUUGAAUAUAUCAUAAUAUCUGGUACGACGAGUCGAUUAAUUUAAAAUGACAAAUUUAUAAUUACCAAACAUAGUACAUAAUUAAUAUGUACUUGAUCGGACCAUGACGUGUUAGAUGCAUCUUUUUUGAAAUAAUAUGAUCAAAUUUCUAUCGACAGAAUUUAAAAAUCGUUCAAACGAGAAUUUUUCUUCGACGACAGAAGGGCUCCAUUUGAUUACCAGUAUGUAGAUACUUUCUGGCUAUUCUAUUACAUUAGUGAAUCGCACGGAAGCUAAUCUCACAAUAUCAGGAAGUUCUAAUGAUUUUUUACAAAGCAUCUUGCAUAUCCCCUGUACGUGUUGAGAGUCGUAAAUUUAUCAGAGAAUUUUCGAGCUCUUUUCUACGAAAGAGCUACUAAAGAAACAAAUCUAUCUAUCUAUCUAUCUAUCUAUACAUAUAUACAUAUAUAUAAGUGAAAAACAAAGUUACGUACCUCGAUGACCGAUUAAGGAGACAGUUUUUAAAAAACACAGACGAAUGACGGAAUCGUUAGAGAAACGAGCAAUCUUUCUAUGCUAUUUGUUUCGCUUAUCGAUCACGAUCGACCGAACACCACGUAUAUUUUAUUAGAGAAAAUGAGAUUAAACGCUUGGUCAUCUUUAAACGAAAUUAACCUGAGAAUAUAGAAAUAUGUCAUCUCGAAAGUAAGAAUUGUUUAAAGGUUUUAUAAAAGCGAAGUAGAAAAUGUAGUAGAAGGAUCGUAGGAUCUUGCGAUUAUCGGAAAUUCCGACUGAGACAGUCUGAUAAUUUGCAAGUGAGUUUCCAGUUGACAUUUCCGACAUGUACUUCGACAUGUUACGCCUUUAAAAAGCAAUCGAUAUUAACGACAGACGCGUCGAAACGAAUGUCAAACGUUAAUGUCGGCGGUCUCCUUAAUUCGGUCACACUAUGUAUUUGCUAAACUUUCUACACUGUGCAUACAGUACACAAUAUGCUCCUGUACAUGGCCAUAAAACAUUACAAAUAUCUGGCCGAUUUUCUUGAAAUGUCAUUAAGAAUCGCACCUUGAAAUUUUCUAGCACCGAUGUGCUUCGAAAAUAUGUUGCUUCAUCUACGAUCGCUAUAAACUUACUGCUAUGGAAGAUUGAAAAUUAAGUUGCUCGAUUCGCUUCAAUUUGCGUUCGAACAAAACAUCAAGAGGAUCAUAGCUUCGAAACGUGCAGAAGCAAUCUUGUGCGCAACUAUUUUCAGAAAAAUUUAGAAAAUCAUGUAUAUCAUUUACGUUGAAUAGUUUAUUUCUUUAUUUCAUUGUACGAUUCAAUGAGUAACAUUCGAUUUACUUCUCUUCGUCUCGGUUCAUAAUGCAAGUUGCAUGUUUCGUUAAAGACAGCCUGUAAUAUUACCCGUAAUAUUACUCUUCACCCACCGAUAAUAUAAAUUAUAGCGAUCAACUCGUUUAAAGAUUUGUUUCCGUAUUUUUAUUUGGUACUUAUUGGUAGUUACUAACAUGUUCAGAUAUCUUCUAUGUAUUACGAAAGACAGCUUCGUAAGGAGAAAAAGUAUUGUAUUAAUUUAAAACGGAAAACAUGUGUGCCAGGUGCAUAAAAAUUGCGUAAGAAGACUGUACGUAGUUUCAAGCGCAUAUUUUCCAGAUAUAUUCAUAUUUUCAUGAAUAUAUUAGGUAAUAUUGGAAGUUGCGAGUUAAAAUCACGAGCUACUAAUUACUCUUUGUCAUCGUGAAUGAUUAACGAUUGAUCGAAUUGUCUCGCAAAUUGCGUUAUUUGAUAUUAAUAUUAACGGAGAAACUGCGUUUUUAGCGUUAUACAUUUUCCCUAAGGGUGUAAAGACUUUCAUUAGUGAAAUGUAUUACUAUGUGUAAUUAAAUAGCGAUGGCCGCAAAGCGACAUCUUUAACAAAAUUUAGGAGACAAUCGAACGCAAUGUUUUUCACGCCAAUCUUUCUGCGAUCUUUACAAACAACGUCGUUCAGUAUUUUUAGAGCAAUACACACAGAGCAUAAAAAGUUAGUUGUUAUUUAAGAAAUUGAUUUGUACAUUUAAACGCGUUUCGAUUAAAUGAUACUAGCUGUUAAUGAUUUAACGAUAAAAGCUCAAAUAAUUAGAAAUGUUAAGCGACUAACCAGCAGAAAUUAUUUCGUUCAAGUUUUAUUUAACAGAUAUACAUUGUCUACGUUUCAUUUUUAAAUACGUAACGUAUAUGUAUACCGUACUACGGUAUGUAUAUCUACGAAAUCGUUACAUUCUUUUAGAUAUCGUUAAAUUUUGCAAUGCUUCCGAGCGCUUGCGAAUAACGUAAACUGUUGAAUAAUUUUCCUCUAAACUAAAAUUCAUCCGAAAAGAAGCUUACAAUUGUUGCUAACGAAGAAAUAAAGUUUUUGAAAUCUGCGAAGAGAUUAUUAAAUUCUGGAGGACUUUACGGAACCUGUUGCUCAGUUACCAUCAUUUUAUCGCGAGGAACAACAUCAAGAUUUAUGAUGAAACGAGUACAGUUGCCCUUAAUAGGUGCAGGAAAGGCCAGUGACAGUAGUUACUAAUUACGUAACAAGGAAAACAUUUUGUUCGUUGAGAUGAAUGUACAGAAUGAUGUGUUAUGCGUUGCAUAAACCUGUGUUAUGUGUAAUUAAACAUAAUCAUGCGAUAUGAUCGAUUAUUUGAUACUGGUACACUAGUAUACUAGAAAACGAUCUUGUAAGAUUUCGCCGGUAGAAAAUGAUGACAUGCGAACGGUGAACGUUCGCGAUUUCCUCUGUGUCGCUUUUAUUGUAUUUUUUCGAAUGCAAUUGACUGAUUUGUUAAAGAUUUUGUGAAGAAGGCAAACUCGAACUCGCUCGAUCACGGCGAAUCGGUUGUCGACGUUCCUUCGUUCUCGAACCAAUGAACACGCAAAUAGUAAGUACACGUGCAAUUCCGUACAAAGAAAAUGAGAAAAUAGAGAGCGAGAGAGAGAGAGAACGAGAGAGAGAACGAGAGAGAGAGAAAGAGAAAGAAAGACAGAGAAAUGUUUGAUGCGUUUUCAAAGAAAUAAGAAACAAAGAAGUAUGAGAAUAAAGGACUUAUAAAUGACACAAUAGUGCUGUAGCUGAGAAGAAAGAGACGGUUAUAGUUUCUAUUUUGAAGAUUAUAUUUUUUUAACUUUAUUAAUUUUUGACUUCCACAUACAUGUAUUUACAUAUAUACAUAUAAUUGUAUGUACAUAUUCGCAUACCUAUUAUAUACACGUAUAAAUAUAAAUAAAUAAAUAUAUAUACGGUAAAUGAUAAAAGUGUUAAGUGGAUAAUGAAAUAUUGUGUAUAUAUAUAUACAGGAGACACACGUGUGUGUUUGAAAAGGAGGUCGUGUAACGCAUGAAAUCGUAAACAUCCUUCCCGUAAUAAUAUGUAUAUGUGUGGAGUCGCGAAUACCAUUUGUAUGAAGUAUGAAUAUACUACAUUCUGAGAUAGCAAUCGGAAAGGAGAUCGGAAAUGCGCUUUCCAGAAGGAAUUUCUUACACGAGAUGAACAAUUGCGGAGCUUUCUAGAAGAAAAUGUCUUUGGACCGUUUUUUACGGUAUCUUGUUCUAUUUUCGAGAUGGUAUUCUUAUAAGCAGCAAAUAAAGUACCGUAUAUUUUAUCGAAACAACAAUUUUUGUUAAAAGCUGUAAUACUUAAUUACGAAUUUAAACACGGUUUUGAAAACAAACGAAGGCGCUAGUUCUCUAUGCGGUUUAUUCUACGUGCUAUUUUGUCUCAGAAAAGGCUCAAUUAUUCUACGAAGUGUAAAAUUUUAUGCAAAUGAUAACGUUAAAGAUAUCGUGUAACUACGCAGCAAAUAACGAGCAAAUACAGUUUUACGGUACAGUA